GCUGCAAAGGAGGAAGAGAAAGAGUGUUGACCGGGGGAGAAGAGAGGAGAAGCCGGGAAGAGGGCCGGGAUGGCGUCGAGCAACGGAGAGCAACCUCCAGAAUCGCCGAAGGAAGCAAAUGCUGCGCCUGUAGCAGCCAAGCUUGCCAUGGCGUCAGGGCGCGAUGGAUGUGAGAGGCUCAAGGAUCUGGUGAGUAGGGAAGACGAUGCUACUACGAUGGUUGUGGCCAUGGCGACAAGCAAGAACGUGGACGACACAAGACGACCUCCCCCUCCCCGUGUAAUUAUGGAUCCCCAGCUCCUCAUGGCUCUUCUCCUCGGCCAUGAGGUGCGUUGUCAAACCUUGCCUGAAUCCCAUCUAAUCAUCUACUUGCCCGAACCAGAUGAGGGAGCUCCGACCACAGAUCCAAUUGAAGAUCAGGCUGAAGGAAUCUCUGCGACUGAUCAGCAAGCCUCUGGUGCUGUAUAUUCGCUCUCGCUCCUGGAGGGACUGACUCUUGACUCGGACCAGAACUCCGCGCUGCAUGUGGUGGCAGCCUCCGGUGACAGCCAGGCGUAUGUGGAGUGUGCGCGGAUGGUGUACGACCAGGCGAGGCACCUACUCGGCGCGGCCAACAACAACGGCGACACGCCCCUGCACUGCGCCGCUGCAGCUGGGAACCACUCCUCGCGCUGGCUGCUGCUGCGCCUGCGCGUGACAGCAGCGGUGCAGCGAGGGUGGAUGACCAGGACGGCUUUGCACGGGGCGGUCCGUGCUGGCCACAGCAAAGUGGUGGAGGUCCUCAUGAAGGAGGAUCCGGGACUGGCCGGCGUUGAUCGGCACGACGGCACGUCACCGCUGUACCUUGCCGUUUCGUUGGGACGCUUCGAGAUUGCGUGGGAUCUGCUUGAUAUGAGCUCUAGGAAAUUAUCUUACUCCGGACCAGAUGGUCAGAAUGUCUUGCACGUCGCAGUACAACACCCCCAAGGUAUGCGCCACAUUACCGUACUCUCUUUGUUGCCCUUCCAUUACAUCAGUAAUAACAAAAUAAUUAUGUUUGUUUUAAAAGAUCAAUUAAAUCCAACUCAUUAUAUAUUCAACAAUGCACAGCACCGUUAAACAACCUGUAAAUAAAGCUGUAUCGAAAAUUAUGGUUUUGAGGAUAUCAUCUAAUUAAGAUUGUUUGUAUAAAAAGGAAGAGAUUCGUGAUCCCCCUAUAUAUAUACUGAGGCAAAGACUUUUUUUUUUAGUACAGAUUAAUUAAUUUGGGUCUCUUACUCCUUUUAUGAUAAUAACUCUAUUUUUAUCUUGGAUUUGUAUAUACUUUUGGAUAUAAAGAGCAUAGGUAGGAAGUAGACCUAAUCGACUAUCUCGUCAACAUGUUUGGGUAUGGGUUUGUUGCGAUCUCUGUCAUGCUCAUCUGAUUAGCUUUU